GCUUUCUCUCUCUCGCCCCUCUUCUCCCUCACACCAAACCCCCCUUGAUCUACUCCAUCCUCCACCCAAAUUUGUGGAUCUGACCCCCCAAGCAUCCUUGAGAAUGGCGGAUGCUGAUGGACCUUGGUAUGCCGGAUUAAUCGAUGAGUGGGAUAAGGAGCAUCGUGCUCGUGCCAUUGAGAAUGGAAAUCAUGUAGUUGCUAUGCGCAUGAGGGGUCAUUCCGCUAAUGGCUUUACUUACGACCCGCGGUACGAGCCUUAUAUUCGGAGAUUGGGUCUUCUCCCAUUCGUGUUGCAGUUUAAGCGACGCGCUCCGCCGGUGAACCACACGGCGUUGACCGCACUUGUGGAUCGUUGGAGGCCGGAGACUCACUCGUUCCACCUUCCAUGUGGGGAGCUGACGAUGACCCUAGAGGACAUGGCUAUGAUAAGCGGCCUUCCUAUCGACGGACAAGCUGUUACCUGUCGUGUCAGCGUCGUUAAUUGGCGAGAACGGACAGGCAUUUUAAUUGGUGUUCAGCCCGACGACCCUCAAGAAGGCAAGGCCGAUACCGCGAGAGUGAGGCAUUCUUGGCUAAAACUAGUCAGAGGAGACACCAAUCCGUGCCCUCAGGGUGCCAAUGACGUGGUUGUGCAACAGUACGCGCGGGCCUAUCUUUGGUAUGUACUAACCAAGGUAGUCUUCUCAGAUGCAACCAGGAACUCAGCCCUCUGGAUGUUCUUGGAGCGACUCAAUAACUGGGAUACCCAGUAUAGCUGGGGUUCGGCCGCACUAGCAUAUUUGUAUCGUCAGCUUGACUUGGCGUGUCGGAGGAAGGGAGAUACAUCCUCAUUGUCUGGGUUUGUUUGGAGCCUAUCCGUGUGGAUGUGGGAGCGGAUCCCGGUUGGACGGCCUGAUUUCAAGAACCCCCUCAUGGCAAACCCACGGGGUAAUCAUGACGGGUUGCAUGAUGAUGAUCCAUAUCGGCGCCCUACGCUUGCUUACUAUUGGGAACAAGUGACAGUCUACACAGGAAGCUCGCAUGUGCGAUACAAGUGCUAUAUGAAUGAGCUGGACACCUUGACUGCUGAGCAGGUUUUGAGAAGUUCGAUGAGAUAAAAUUUAGUCAAUAAUGAAACUUAUGUAGCUAACAAUGUAUCUUUUUGUUUCAGCAUAGGCAAGCUUAGAAACUUCACUCCUUUCUUCAAAUAAG